UGAAAACUUUUCUUAAAGUUUAGUGCUAACUGGGACUGUAUCUAGCAAAAAAAGUCAUGGAGUCGAAUGUGGUAAUUUUGUAGCAAGACCAUGCGGAAACAGUAAUCUGAAAUUGAGUUCACUAUGGAAGGCGGUUUAUUUUUCCUUAAUUUGGAUGGUUUAGAUGAUAAUCAGAUCAAACAGUUGAAUGAUAUACUUCAUUCUUCAAAUUACAAUUCAGAAAUAGAAUUUCCUUGGGAUAACAAUCCAGAAGAAAAACAUGUUACAAAAGGUGGUUCAUCUUUAAAUGUUCAUGCUCCUGUUUUUGAAACAUAUGUGUCAAAAGUUAAUAAUCAUGAAGUGGGUGAACCAUGCCAUUCUUCAACAGUUCCUUUUAGCAAUGGAUCCAGUCAAGUUCUAAACUCAGUCCCUCAUAAGAAUUCAGAAUAUGAUUAUCCCAUAAAUUCUGGAAAAAAGAUUUUGCAGCAGGAAAAUUUAAGUUAUGUAAAUGGUCAAUUAGCACACCAGACAGCUAAGGCUUUUGAUACCUGCAAUGCUUAUUCUGAAGUUUCAGAGACUGCAUAUUGUGAUGCUUUCCCUUCUAGAUCCCUUAAUGCUCAGGUGCAUACCCCAGCUGCAAGCUUUAAAUUGAAUCCUACGGUUUCAUGUUUUGUACCCCAAAAUAUUAAGGGAUUUGUUCAGAAAAGCCCGUCAUCUGUUUCUAAUGAACUGCAAACAACAGUAAUAGAGACUCAUCAAAAUAAUGAGGCAGGUAUGGUAUAUGAAAAGGCGGAAUGCCUUGAUAAACAGAAUUCCACUACUGGAAGAGACAUUAUUACCCAAGUUGUCAACGGCUCUGAUCAAAAAUUAGAACAUGAGAAUGUCACAUGUGGGAAAUCAAACAUUCAGAGUGAUAAAAUGGAUGGAACAGCUCAUGCUAACAAAAACCGUGUGAGCUUAAGUGUACCUGUCCGCCGUUCUUGGGCUGAUGUUGUCAGCAGUGGGCAGCGAGUUGCAGGAAAGGUACCUCUUACUAAGCCUCUUGAAAAUGGGAACAAAACACAAAAUGUUCAGAAAGAUCAAGAAAUUGAAAAUUUGUCUAUUGAAGAAGACAAGAUGUCAUUAUCCUUAGGAAAACAUCUCCAUUACCUGAUAUUAGAUUUUCAGCCUGUUCUUCUGCAACCACGUGGGCUUAUUAACAGGAGAAACUGGUGUUAUAUAAAUGCUACAUUACAAGCACUUUUAGCAUGCCCUCCAUUUUUUACAUUAUUGAGGAAUCUUCCUCUGGGACCAGGAGUGGAACGUGGAAAAUCAUCAACACCUGUUAUCGAUAGCAUGGUUAAAGUUGCAUAUGAAUUCUCUCAGUACCAGUCUCCACAAGAAGAGCUACAGCUUGGAACACCAUUUCAACCUGAUUUUAUGUAUGAUAUGCUGCGCGAUCUAAAAUCUGACUGUCUGAAGGGCCAGCAAGAAGAUGCUGAAGAAUUUUUAAGUUUUAUAUUAAAUGGUAUGCAUGAAGAAAUGGUAAAAAUAAUCAAGAACUAUGAAAGAAAAAAUCAUAUUGAGUUGUGUAAUGACAAUGAUAUAAGAGAGAAUGGAGAUGUAAGUGAAGGUGAAGAAGAAUGGCAAGUAAUUGGCUCUAAACAUAAAGGAAUGGUUACAAGAAAGGUUGCUGAACAUAAAACGCCUAUCUCUGACCUUCUGGGUGGACAAAUAAAGUCUUUUCUGACAACAAGUGGAAAUAAAACUUCUGCAUCCAUCCAGCCUUUCUUCACUUUACAACUAGAUAUUCAAUCAGAAAAUGUCUCUUCAGUAUCUGAAGCACUGAAAGAGAUGACAGUUAAAGAACCAAUUCAAGGAUAUACAUGUGCCAAGACAAAGCAAGAAGUUGAAGCUUACAGUCAUAUAUCACUGCAGAAAUUACCGCCAAUAUUAAUACUUCAUCUUAAACGAUUUGUGUAUAAUAAAAAUGGUGGAUGUAAAAAAGUGAUGAAAAAAACAGACUACCCUAUACAACUGGAGUUGAGUAAAGAUCUCUUUUCACCUGAUGUGAAGAAAAAUCAAAGGUUACGCCUUUAUAAAUUAUUUGCAGUGAUGUACCAUGAUGGAGAAGAAGCAGUAAAAGGUCACUAUAUAUCAGAUGUAUACAACCACGGCUGCAAAACAUGGAUUAGAUGUGAUGAUAGAUCACUGUCUGCUGUUACUGAAGCUCAGGUUCUUUCACAUAGUCCACCCCGAGUUCCUUAUCUAUUGUUCUACCAGGAGAGCUGAAGUCAAAUUUGUGCAUAGAUAUUAAAGCUAGAAUAUUAUUUCUGGCAAUACUUUUAAUCAAUGGAUUAUUUUGUGAUAAAUGCUGAAGAGAUGCAUAUUGUGAAUAUGUUUUAAGCUAUUUUGAUUGAGUCAUGUAAAUAAUAUCAGAAGUAGACUGAUUGGGAUUGUAGUCCCACCAUUUUUACUAUUUUUUGGAACUUCGAGAACUACAUAAAAAAUCUGUCACUUUGGGUAUGGUGAAAGUUUCUUGAAAGCUGUGAAACUUCAAUGCACUUAGAAGAAAAAUGGCUUUUGUAUAUUUUUAUUCAUGUGCAUAUCAAGCACUUUGUACUGAUGAAGAUAAAUUAGUAAUUUAGUGUCUAAGGUCUAUGUAUGCACUCCUUCCUUGAUUUACGAAUGGAUGAUAUUCCGUGCCCUUAUUUUUAAAACACUGUAAAUAGGUAUAAUGGAACAAAAUUGUUUUAGUAAGUAAUUUUGUCUAAUACGUUAAAUGCAUAAAUAUUUUAGUAAUCAAUAGAAACUAAAACUUGAGCUUAACCGUGAUAAAAUUGAGUGCAAUAUAAUACAGUAAACCCUCAUUAUGGUUCUUCCAGUUUUCCAUGAAUAAGAGUAUGAAGACACAAUGGAUCUAGCACAGUAUUAGCUGUUCAUAUAAAGCUUGAGUAAUUUUGCUUAAAUUAAUAAUACAAAUGAACAAGGAGAUUUAUUAACAAGGUGAGGAGGGGAAAUGUUAUAUAGCUUUAUUUCCUUUCUUCUUUCAUAGGUGCUUUGUUAUUCUGGAAAGGGCUUCAGUGAAUUUAACGUACCUGUUAAAGGUUAGGUUUCAGUUGCUUUUCUGUGAGAGGAUACAGUUUAAUUAUCCUGCAAAAUAAGGGGAGGAACAUUAGAACUUUUUAUUGAGGAAUCUUGCUUAAGUUUCUUUGAGGCUCAAAAUUGAUACACCUUUCAUGCUGUGACUACUAUGUGAGUUCUAUCAGUAAGUUACAUUUAUGGCUAUACUGUUUGUAUUAAAUGUACAGGGUGCCAUUCUCUAAUAAUGUCUUAAAAAAUCAGCAAAUCUCUCACCAAUGAAUGGACUUUCUUCUUAGAUCAGCAUGCGCAGAAGCAUUCUUCCAUGUUCUAAAGUGAAAUGACAAGGGAAGACUAGAAAUUGAAUGGUAAAAAAAUAUACAUUAGAGCAAUAAGAAUACAAAAUAAAGCAGUAAACGUGAUUAAUAUUGAACUGAAAUACUGCAAAAAAAUUCAUGUGAUUUUACGAUUUACUUGAAUUUUCUGUGACUGUGGUUAAUAAUGAGGGAUUACUAUAUUGUAAGAUUAACAUAAACUGGAAUAUCAUUAUUUACUUACUUAAAAACUUAUGAUAAAGCUUUUCUUCAUUUCAUGCUGUGUACAAAAUAUCAUAAUCAGUAUUCCAUUAUCUAUCGGAUUAAUUCUCAUUUGAGAGAAUUCAUUUUUUACAUGCUUUUAGUGGCUACUAUGAAUUUUUUUAUUUAUAUAUUUUGUAUCUUGUGGCUCAUAAAUAUUUCAUUAUGUUUAUGGGUUUUUAUAGCUUCAGUAUUCGUAACUUGAGGAUCGAGUGUAUAUAUAUAUUGCGGUCUUUGGAAACCAAAAAAUUAUUAUCUAUGAUACUCCCAAUAAAAUACAAUGAUAUGUUUGAUUUUAGGUGUCAUGGCUGCUUUUUAUUAUCAAAUUAGCUUGUAGAACUUAUCGGUAUGAAAUUGCCAUUACGUUUGUCUGAAUUAUGUUCUUUGUGUUGUCCCCUUUUUUUUAUCAUUUUGGCCUCUGAAAGGCAAAUUUAGCAGUAUAGCAAUUCAUUAUGUGUAAUAAUUUUUUUUAUGAAAUGAAUUGUAUGACUGAGUUGAAUGAUAAGGAGUAUGUGACUUUAUUUUGAUAAAUUAAAAUGGUGGUCUCAACAUGUAUAUAAUGUACCAAAAUGUACAUCUAUGUGCAUUUAAAAAUAUUUAUGAAUAAAAGAUGAGGAAAAAAA